UCUCUUCCUCCUCUUCUUCCUCGCCGCCCUGCCGGGGGUCGGGGAGGGCCACGCCGCCCCCAUGGCUCGCCCCAGGCCCCGCGAAUACAAAGCCGGAGAUCUCGUCUUCGCCAAAAUGAAAGGCUACCCGCAUUGGCCGGCCCGGAUCGAUGAACUCCCCGAGGGAGCCGUGAAGCCUCCAGCCAAUAAGUACCCUAUCUUCUUUUUUGGGACUCAUGAAACUGCAUUUUUGGGGCCGAAGGACCUCUUCCCCUACAAAGAAUACAAGGACAAGUUUGGGAAGUCAAACAAACGAAAAGGAUUUAACGAAGGCCUUUGGGAAAUAGAAAACAACCCUGGUGUUAAGUUUACUGGAUAUCAGGCAAUUCAGCAGCAGAGUUCAUCAGAAACUGAAGGCGAAGGAGGCAAUACAGCAGACGCCAGCAGCGAGGAGGAAGGCGAACGAGUAGAAGAGGAUGGAAAAGGCAAAAGGAAGAAUGAAAAGGGAGGCUCAAAACGGAAAAAAUCCUAUACUUCAAAGAAAUCUUCUAAGCAGUCGCGGAAAUCUCCCGGAGAUGAAGAUGACAAAGAUUGCAAAGAGGAAGAAAACAAGAGCAGCUCUGAUGCUGGGGAAGCCGGCAAUGACACGAGAAACACCUCUUCAGACUCGCAGAAAACUAGUGAAGGGACUUAACCAACAUAUUGACUGCUGCGCGUUAAGGGAAGACACAAGAAGGUUACAUGUUUGGUUGUCUAAUAUUCUUGGAUUUGAUAGAAGUCAGCACAUGUGUUCAUCAUCAGCAUAUCUGUUCGUAUGCACAUUUAGUCACAUCCAUACCCAUCCUGUCCUCCGUAAUGACUUUCAACUUCAUUGUUUCCCUGUCGCCAGCCUCCAGAGGUUUCCCUUCUCUGAACGUCAUUUUGUUGAAUCACACACAAAAAAAUGUUCUUUUCACUUGCAAGUGCGACAUGCGACAACAUUGCCAACGCAUCAUGUUUAGAUAUCUUUUUUUUCCUUGAAGAAAAGACAAAAAAAAUCCCAGUUCUUCUUCACGUUUGUUUUGUCAAAGAACAAAGAUCCAACGCUCAGAAACAAGUCACAAACAAGAAUCUGUAUUCUACUUACACACCAUGACUUGGACAAUUCUUCUUAAUCCAUUCUUCCUUGUGUAUUUUUGUUCUGGUUCUCCACAUGACGUCGUAUGUUCCCUCGUGCUCUUUCCCCCUACAAUUUCAAGUAAGUGUGAUUAAAAAAGAUGUGCGCACCCGUUUAAUUUUAGGGGAAUUAAAAAAUAUUUUCCAGAUGUGAGAAGUAGAAGAUAUCCCCCAUCUCUCUCUUAGAUUUUGUACGCAACUCAUAAAUGUACAUAUUUGUAUGUAACUCAACACCUGAACUCCAUAAUUGUAAAGCCCCCAAAUCAAAUUGGCACCAUCUUUGUAACGGAGGCUGUCCAUUCCUAAGCAGGUCAGGUUUCUGUAUAGCAGUGGUUCCCAACCUGUGGUCUGUGGACCACCAGUGGUCACAAGAACGAAAAUAUGGUCCGUGUCUUCACCAUUACUACACCGUUGCCUUGAAACGAUAUGGCAACGAGAACGACUCAUCUCGUGAAACCCUCUUAUAGUGCCGAGGCAAUAGGUAUGUCAGGAGGGGAGAGGUUGACUACCCACAAAAGAUUACUAUUACCACAUCAGCUCUAGAUUAUUAAAUAUGGUUUUAUGUGAGCGAGCAGGUGGCGACUACUGGAUGGCAUGUGUUCUGUAUCAGAAACUAGAGCUGAUGUGGUCUAUCCAAUGCAAUUUUCUGAAUUGGCACCCCAAAUAACCAAACCAAAUCUAAAGUUGACCAAAAACUGAUUCGUAACUCUUUUGGUUUUUUGCUCAGUGGAGGGAAGGAUAUUAGAGGCAAAGAUGAAAUAUUUUGGCCACAUCAUGAGAAGACAGGAAAGCUUAGAGAAGACAAUUAUGCUGGGGAAAAUGAAAGGAAAAAGGAAGAGGGGCCAACCAAGGGCAAGAUGGAUGGAUGGCAUCCUUGAAGUGACCGGCUUGACCUUGAAAGAGCUGGGAGUGGUUACGGCCGACAGGGAGCUCUGGUGUGGUUCAUGAGGUCACGAAGAGUCGGAAGCGACUGAACGAAUGGACAACAACACAGUCUUUUGGUACUUAUGUUGGAGAGUGGUCCCUGAUCAAAGUGGUCCCUGGUCAAAAAAAAAGGUUGGGAACCAUUGACUUACUUCGAAGUGGAACAAGACCCAAGGUGUACACAUUAAUGCAGUGUUGCCUGUUCUAACCUUUUCAGUGAACAACAUUGUAAAUUAAGGUCCACAAGCCAUACAGUCCCUGGUCAAAGUAGUCACUGGUCCAAAAAAGGUUGGGAACCACUGCUGUAUAGGGAGAUGUCCACUUACAUCCAUUCACUCUUUAUAACUGUCUGGAUAUUAAAAUUAUUCCCUCAUUGGACUAACGAAAGUUGGCCAUGCUUGGUUUAAAAACUGACCAAUGGCACUUGAGUUGCCAUCUUGCUCAAAAUGCCAGUACUGUAAGAAAAAGAAACCUUUCCCUAUUAGAAAGUCCCUAGCUAGCUAUACUCUUUAAUAUUUCUCAAGACCAUGAUGUAAUGUAAAUUUCUCUGACUUAGUUCUUAUAUGUGGAGUUAGUGGAAGUCUUUUGUGUUUCUUUAGAUGAAUACAAGGAGCUUUUUUUCCCAAAUGCCAAUACAGAAUUUGAGCUUUACGUGUUUUUGGGAUGCCUUCCAUUUUUAAGCUGAAUUGUGAUACAGAAGCCCUAUGGCAGUGUUUCUCAACCUUCCCAAUGCCACGACUCCUAAUACCGUUCCUCAUGUUGUGGUGACGCCCAACCAUAACAUUAUUUUCAUUGCUAAUUCAUAACUGUAAUUUUGCUACUGUUAUGAAUCGUAAUGUAAAUAUCUAUUUAUUUGCAGGAUGUGUUUUCAUUCACUGGACCAAAUUUGACACAGAUACCCAAUAUGCCCAGAAUUGAAUACUGGUGGGGUUGUGGGGGUUGAUUUGUCAUUUGGGAGCUCUAGUUGCUGGAUUUAUAGUUCACCUACAAUCAAAGAGCAUUCUGAACUCCACCAACGAUGCAAUUGAACCAAACUUGGCACACAGAACUCCCAUGACCAACAGUAAAUACUAGAAGGGUCUAGUGGGCAUUGAGUUUGGGAGUUGUAGUUCACCUACAUCCAGAGAGCACUAUGGACUCAAACAAUGAUGGACCUGGACCAAAA